CUCGGCAAAAUGCUAGGUUUAGAAACCCAGCGUGUUUUUCCAUCUUUCGGUGCGAAACUAACAGGGGCCCCGCAGCGCAAAAACGAAAUAUUUGCUCAAAGCUCUACAAUUUCUACCUUCAACUAGUUAAGCUGUUAUACAAUAUUGAAAGCCAACCGAAACUAUGGUCGACCAUCAAAAAGUUAUAGCCGCUCUCGACGGUUUGAACUUGGAAGAUGUCGCGAACGACAGCACAGCACGCGGCCAAAUUCUAGCAGCGGCGCAUCGACUGACUGCUCGCCUCGAACUGCCAUAUGAGCGGAUGAUGCGUUGGACGUGGUCACAUGACGAUGUGAUCGCCUGUUGCAGAAUUGUGCACGAUGUCGGAUUAUGGAAAGCCUGGCUUGAGGCUGGAGGGAAGGAGACGACCGUUCAGGAGCUGGUGGAUUUGUGCAACCCGCCUUGCGACUUGGUUCUUUUGCGUCGAAUAUUCCGCUUGUUAGCAGCUGAGCACGUCGUCAUCGAAACACCAGAAGGACGCUACCGCUCAACUCCCCUCUCUCUGGAACUAGGCAACUUGUCGUCCCCCGUGCUGCAGUGCCUCUUCUUCUGGUAUCACCACAACGCCGACUCAGCCAAGAACUUCCCUUUCUACCUUGCCAGGGAGUCAUACCCCGAGCCGUUGGAUCCGCUCAAGUCGAAUUACAUGGAUCUCACCCCUGAAAAUAUGUCCUUCUUCCAAAGAUGCGCAUCGAAACCCGAGUAUCAGGAGAGUUUCACAGUCGCCAUGACGGGGUAUACUCAGCUGAAGAUGGACUGGACUGAGGUUUACGAUACAAAGCAGAUGGUCGAAGGCUUCAGCGGCGAUGGGCCGCUUGUGGUCGAUAUGGGAGCUGGUCAGGGCCCUGAUCUGCAAAAGCUCCUGGCGAGGCAUCCGGAUUUACCGGCCAGUGCUUUAGUCCUACAGGACCUUCCUGAGGUUAUCAGCACGUUAGUUCAGGAUCUGAAAUCGAAGGUAACUGUGCAGGAACAUGACUUUUUCACACCUCAGCCUAUACAAGGUAGUCCUGUCUAUUUCAUGCACGCUGUGCUACACGACUGGGACGAUAUAGACGCCCGCCGAAUCCUGAAUAGUCUGCGCUCAGCCAUGAAACCAGGUGUUUCCAAGCUUCUCGUGUACGAAGUGUUGAUUCCCACUGUCGGUGCGACGUGGCUUCAGUGUUCGGUGGACUUCAAUCUGAUGCAUCUCCUGGCCGCCGCGGAGAGAACCGAAGAAAAAUGGAGGCUACUUCUGGAGGGUGAAGGGUUAAGGGUCAUCAAGAUCUGGAGCCAUCCAUCUUCUCCUGAGAGCGUGAUUGAGGCAGAGCUGGCAUAAUAGUGAAGAACACAGCUGGUGGACCUGUUUCUAAAGUCAAGAAAUUAAGUUGGAUUUGUACUAAGAUAACUUCGUCCCAUUAUGCUAGUUAAUGGUUAGGAACAGAAUCGUCUGUGAUACUGUGCCUUCGCUGAGGUAUUUACAUCGUAAAAUUGAACAUCAAUCGACCAACUCGUCAACAUGAAGAAUUACUGUAUCAAGCUAACUCUUUACCGUAGCUAUAGCUAGGUCAAACUUAGAGUAAUAUAGGAG